GGCGCUUUAGAUUAUGUGCUGAGAGCUCUAGAAGCUAAAGAUGGCCGUCGCCUAGCAACGGUUGCCGGAUCCUAAACAAAUCUAACACGCACCGAGAGAACCCGCGGUCUCUUUUGGCUGCUCCCGCAGCGGGCGCCACGCGAAGAUUUCCCAGGCAAGCCCUGGAGGAUGCCACCCACUAAGGACUCCUUCCCACUCCCCUACUACGAAAAGGAAGCCCCUUCCACUGACAAGCAUGAGAGUUCCCGGAAAACGCCCUACCCUGUGCAACAGCAGGACCCCUGGAAUCGUCUGCAUGCAACACCUACCUUAGCAAGCAUCCGAAGAGAGGUCUGGUACUCAGAACCUGAGGUUUCCAGGGACAGUCUGGAUUUUAAUCUUAGCUCUCUCUACAACCACCAUGAAGAUCUGCUUAAAGACAAGACUGAGGUAGUUCUCCAUAAAGAGACAAUUUUUCAUGAACACAAGGUACUAAAGGGUUUCGAGCCUAUGAAAGAAUGUACUGUGCCUCCAAUUCAGCGACCCACUUCUAGAGGCAUCUGUGUGAGACACUGGGUCAACCCAGCAAAAGAGUCAAUCCAUAGCAUUGAAGGAGCCAUAGAAUCUCCGCACACUGCAGCCACCAACAGUGGAUAUUCCCGUAAAGAGAAUGGAGGGAUCUUCUAUCACUAAAGAAGUUGCAUUGAUAGGCCACUAUAAUCCCCUAUAAGUCAUUUCAGCUUGUAACCAAUUACAACAAUGGAGUGAACUCUUUAGCCCCUGGUUUGCUUUUAGAUCAUUCAUUAAAGCACUCAGUUCAAUGAACCCUACUAAGAACACUACUGCACUGUACCCCUGUGUCUGCAGAAACAAGCUGUUUCUUGCCUAUGGACCAAGCUACAAAUGUACCCAGCCUAAUAAAUCCAGGGAUUUAGUUAAAAAUUGAAUCAGUCUGGGCUGUGGUCCAAGAAGGAGUUUUAUCACAUAUUCCUGUUUAACUGAAUUCAAAUUUUAACUAAGCCAAUCUAAUCUGGCACAAGUAUAUUCCUAGUAAACUAGUUAAAUAAA